AGGUGGUGGAAAGAGUUGGAUUUAAUAUCGAAAGUUCCAUAUGCGAGGGACAGAGCAGUGGAGAUCUUUUUUUGGUCAACAUGUGCAUAUUACAAAUCUCAACACUCUCUUGGACGUGCGGUGCUUACCAAAAUUGUGCUUUUGUUAUCCGUUACCAACGAUACUUAUGAUGCAUAUGGUACCUAUGAUGAACUCAAACUUUACACUAAUGCAGUCCAAAGGUGGGAUGUGAGUGCCAUGGAUGAGCUCCCAGACUACAUGAAGGCACUCUAUAGAGCUCUCCUAAACGUCUACGAUGAAGUAGAUAAGGACUUGGCAAAGCAAGGGAGAGCUUAUGGUGUUCAUCAUUCAAAAGAUGCAUUCAAAGAAAUAGUGAGAAGUUAUGACAUUGAGGCAGAGUGGUUCAAGGAAGGAUAUGUAGCAUCAUUUGAAGAGUAUAUGAAGAAUGGCUUCGUAACCAGCACAGGUCCACUGUUCACAACAUCAUGCUUCAUGGGCUUAGAGGCAGAUGUUGCUACCAUUGAGGCAUUUGAAUGGAUUCUAACUAAACCUAAAAUGGUGGCUGCCUCUAGUGCUAUUGGCCGACUCGUUAAUGACGUAACGAACCACGAUGAAGAACAAGAGAGGGGACAUGUAGCUACAGGGCUUGACUGCUACAUGAAGCAGCAUGGUGUUUCAAAGCAAGAGGCGAUUGUGGAGUUGUAUAAAAUGAUUGAGAAUGCAUGGAGGGAUAUCAAUGAAGAAAUGCUUAAGCCAACUGCCAUCUCAAUGAAACUCCUGAUCCGUGUUCUCAACCUUUCGCGCAUCUUGGAUGUGGUUUACAAGUAUGUGGAUGGCUAUACUCAUCCAGAAAUAAUCAAUGACCAUGUCAUCUCUUUGUUCGAAGAUCCAAUUCCCAUGUGAGUGAGCAUGGUUCGCUGCCUUUUCCCUCCUAAUGGCAAACUAAUGUGUGCGCGUGUAGGCUUGGACUUGAACUUGGACUUGGAUAAAUUUGUUUCUGGGUAUUGUAUUUUGUACUUCCUCUUCAGUAUUGUAUGUUGGAAUAAUCUUCUGUGUAAAAUAAAUAAAUUAAAACUAAAUCAAAUCAAAUAAAAUAAAUAACAUAGGUA